AUGGCAGGGCUCGUGGAAGCAAGGGGAGAUGCAUUUCCUGUGCCUAGUCGACAAGCAUCAGGCACUGUCAACGGUGUCAAAACCGAAGUCACCUCUUUAAGCUUCGGCGAUAAACUCAUGGUGACGAUAAGCCAGGAGGGUCGGUUAGCACAAUGGGUGCGUUUAUUGCUCAAUGCUGACCAACAAUUGAAGUCUAAUGCCUCACAGGUUCAAGUCCCACUAGUAGGCUCAUCGGCUGGUGCGGUAGAAAUGACCUUACCCAGCGCAGGUCAUGGGCUCCUACCGUCAACUCAUCUUACGCCAACGACGCUGUUGGGCGGGGGCGGCGAGGAUCGAGAGACCCUUGGCCAGCUUUAUGCCGCUCAGAUUGCCAGUCACUUAUCGCUCAAAUAUCCCGAUGAUAGGAGAACGCUUGUGCUUGGAUUAGGGCUGGCGAAAUAUGAUAUCGAGCGUGAAGCAUUCUUCGACCUGUUUGAGCUGGCUCAAAAGAUUCUGUAG